UCAAUCCCGCCAUCCCCAAAUUUCACUUUCGAUUUGCCCCUAAAUUUUACUUCGUGCUUGCACUCAAAUUUCACUGUGUUUAUCCCAAACCGGCAUUACAUUUUAGAUCUUAGUGGAGCAAGUCAUUAUUGUGUUGUCUUCUCCAUCAUUGCUCAUCGGCAGGCCAAAGUUCAUCAGUUGCCAUCACUGGCAUCUAUCUUCUUCCAGAAACUCAUUUCCUACCACAUGGGAGUUCAGCAGUACUCAACAAUGUAUUGGAAACACACAUCAGUGUUCUACAUACACUGCAAUCCUUCAUCAGAGAAAACCUGGACCAUGCGUACCACCUUUCCGGAAUAUGUUGUUGCUCUGGCCAGUAUAGUUGGAUCUGUGCUUUUUGCUAUAAAUAUUUGGUGGUGUUGGUAUUGCUUGUCUUCCAUUGGGACUUAUAUUUUCUUUCAUUCAACGUCCAAAGGCUGUUAUCACUCGUUCCAGUAUAUCAAGGAAGCUACUAAAUUGGGCUGAAAAGCAAAAGAUCUGAAGAAAGCAGCUGAGUCACUUCGUCAGGAA